GCCGACAAACAAAAGAACAACUGAAGCACGGAUUUGUUUCAAUUUAUAAAUUUAUAUGCCAUUCAUGGCUGCCAAACGGUCUUGGUCAGAUUUUGAUCUUCUUCCUGAUGGUUGCAGCUCAAAAAAAUGCCGUAUAGCGAACCCAAGAGAAGGGCGCUCUUGCUAUUCGAAAGAGGACGAUUUUGAAUUUGAAGUUCCAAGUGACACAGAAGCAGCCAUAUUAUAUUUGAAGGCUCUUGUCCCAUUGGACAAGUUUGAAGGAAAAAUUCCUGCUAUAAUUCUGAAGCAUCAGAUCUAUUGUGUGGUGAAAGAUCGUACGCUGGUUGAUAGACAAUUGAAUACUCUUUGGGAGGAGAACAAAAUCCGCCUUUUCAAACUGACAUCAGGUUCUGAUGAGUUUGGCGUUUUAAUUACUGAUGAAUAUAUUUCUCACAUCAAAUCCAGAGUGACUGAUACAAGUAUUCUUCCUGCCAUGGACAAGUUUACCAAUGAUGUGCUCCCAAAUCAUGCCGAUGUCAGCAUAAGUAAAAUUGACAUUACUGGGAAGUUCAAACUCUCUGAGGAGGAGAUUACGCAACUGGUCAACAUUGGUAUCCUUACAACCAGAGAUGUGGGAAGUUGGUGGCUAUCCAUCCCUGGUGCAGGAAUCUUUAUGAAAAACUUCUCUAAUGGAAGAAAAGCUCUUAUUCAAAUGUUCAAAAAGAGGAAAUAUCGGGAGAUUCUUGAGAAGGAUCUUCUCACCCGUAAAUUUGAUUCUCAUUCCAAGCUUGGAAUAAGAUACCAUGUCUAUGAUAUUAUCGGAGCUGAUUUUGUCAAAAGCGUGGAUACUACAUCAGGACAAUUACUGAGACUGGACAUCCAAUCAGAGAGUCGAGCGAGAUCGAAAAGAUGAUCAGUGUCCUUGUAAGGCAUUGUUUGAUCUUGUUACGCAACGCGGGAAAGAAGGCAUUGUGUGACAAGACCAAAAUGCGGCUGCAAAGGCGAUUAUACAACGACACAUGCCUCUAUUUGUUUAGGGGCUGAUUACAUGUUUCUGUGAAACAAAUUGCUUCUCUUAAAUUAAUAAAUAAUUAGCAGUUGUACUGCAAAUCUUCUUGUCUUUGAUUGUAGAGAUUAACAUAACAAAAAGUUUCAUAUAGUAGUAAGAGAUGUCAUUCCUCGUAACAGGCUCCUUGAAACUUUUUCAAGUUAAAGGCAUCCUAAAAUGCAAAAGAAUGAGAAUAACAUUUUAAUCUUAUUUGAAACUUUCACUGUGUAGUUUAUUCAAUAAAUGAAAGAAAACAGAUUAAA